AUGACCAUGUUUACACUUCCUUCGCAGGGGCGUCAGACCCUCGAGCAAGACGUCGCCUACAAGCUUCUCAUAGAACUUCUAGCCCACCAGUUUGCAUACCCAGUGCAAUGGAUCAAUACGCAAAGAGCCCUACUGAGCGGAGAGGGCAGUGUCCAGCGCGUCAUCGAAAUCGGCCCUGCCGAGGUCCUGACGGGCAUGGCCAAGAAGACAGCGGCGCGCAACGUAAGAGAGAGAGACAUGGCGCAUGCCACGGAGCGUGAUUUCCUCUUUGUGGGCGACAGCGCCGACGCGCGAAGGAUCUACUUCGAGUAUGAUGAUGCACGAGAUGACAGCUCCGUCGAAGCAGCAGCACCACCUACCCAAAACACUUCUGCAGCAGCCAAUAAGGUGCCCCCCGUGUCUGCACCGGGCCCAGCACUAGCGGCAGUUCCAGACACUGCUGUGGGAUUGCCAGUCUCCAUCACCCUGGUACCGACGGAGACGCUGGAUGUCGGCUUGAGCCCGACCGACAUCAUCUUGACAGUUGUCGCGCAGAAGCUUCGGCGAGGCUUCGAUGAGACGCCGCUGAAAGAUAGUAUUCGGACUCUAUCUGCAGGCAAAUCUGUUCUGCAAAAUGAGAUCCUGGGUGAUCUUGGCGCAGAGUUCGGCGACUUGCCCGAGGGGAGCGAGGACCUGGCGCUCGAGUCGCUGGGCUUACGACUUGCGGCCAGUUUUACGGGAAAACCAGGUAAGUCCGUAAAGAAACUGGUGGAGCGGAUGUUGUCGUCUAAGAUGCCGGCCGGUUUCAACCAGGCCGCCGUGGGGGAAUAUCUCCGUGUGCACUGGGGUCUGGGCCCCGACACGCAGCAGGUGGUCCUCUGUUGUGCAAUCACCAUGGAGCCCACCAGACGGCUGGCAGAUGUGUCGCAGGCACAGGAAUUCUUCGAUUCCGUCGUUGCUAGGUACGUAGCGCAUGCUGGCGUGUCACUGCCAAAUUCAUCGACCAUGGCCGACGCAACCCACGGCCAGCAGAGCGCCCUUGUGCAGGUCGACCAGACUAGUCUUGACGCCUUGAGGAAGGACCACACCGAGUACCUGCGGAAGCAGUUCCAGCUGCUUGCUCGCCACCUCAACAUCGACGUCUUACCACAGAUAGGUACGACCACUGAGGUAGAGACUCUGCGCAGCACCUCACACCUGCAAGAAGAACUUGACGACGAGUUCAUCGCAGGGAUCCAGGGCAUAUUCCAGCCCCGGCAGCAACGUAGUUACGCAUCAUUUUGGAAUUGGGUCAGAGAAGACGUCGUCCGCCUCAUACAUAGUCAAGCAGCGAGGCGCCCAGGAGUGACACUGGCAUCAAUCACAUCUGAGCGGUGGCUACAAUCACUAGCCAACCGAUGGACGCCGGCAUUGGAAAACAUGCUACGCCGUGCUGCCGAAGCCGGGCCAUCCCAUAUUGUAGCACACGGUCUUCUGUCGUACAAGCCAGUGACCUUCACUGAUCUCCCUCGCUACCGGUACCAGGAACCAGCCUUGGCUCCUCACACCGCUGUUGACGAGCAGGGCCAGAUUCACUACAGCGAAGUCCCCAGGGGCAAAGAGAUCGAGAUUAAGCCAAGCCCCACCGCCAGCUACUACUACAUGAUCUCGAGCCCUGCUAGCCGCGAUCGGACACAUGUCCACCUUCGCAACCGCACUCGGGGGUCGUGGGAGUUCGACGCCGGCUUGACCGAGGCGUACUUUUCUGCUCUGCACCAGGGCAUGAGCACCGGUUGGAGCUAUGCAGGCAAGACAGCCUUGGUAACGGGCGCCGGUCCAGGCUCCAUCGGUGCUGAGGUUGUGAGCGGGCUCCUGUCUGGCGGCGCAAAGGUCAUCGUUACCACCAGCCGCGCUACAUCGAGCGCCGCCCCCUUCUUUCGCCAGUUGUACAAAGAAGUAGGCGCACGCGGGUCGGAACUGAUCCUGCUUCCCUUCAAUGCCGCUAGCAAGAAGGACUGCGAGGACCUGGUCACCUACAUCUAUGAUGAGAGUAAGGGCCUCGCUGCCGAUCUCGAUUUUGUCGUUCCUUUCGCUGCGAUCCCCGAGUCCGGGCGCGAGCUCGAUAGGAUCGAUGCCAGGUCGGAACUCGCGCACCGGGCCAUGCUGGUCAACGUGUUGCGCAUGCUAGGCAGCAUCAAGCAAGCCAAGCAGCGACGCAGGUUCACGGGUAGACCGACAGUCGCGGUACUCCCUCUCUCGCCUAAUCAUGGCGACUUCGGCGGAGACGGCCUGUACUCGGAGUCCAAGGUGGGCCUAGAAACCGUCUUCAACCGCUUCCAUUCGGAGAACUGGUCCGCGUAUAUGUCCAUUGUGGGCGCCGUCAUCGGCUGGACUCGUGGCACAGGUCUUAUGAAUGCCAAUAACAUCGUCGCCGAUGGUAUUGAGGCCAUGGGCGUCUUGACGUUCACUCCUGGGGAAAUGGCCUUCAACAUCCUGGCCCUCCUGUCCCCUACCAUGGCGUCAUUGCCUGACAUUGCGCCCGUAUAUGCUGAUCUCAGUGGGGGCCUCCAGGGAGUCGAUGGGCUCAAAGACAAGAUAACAAGUAUCCGUGAAGGUAUCAACUCAAGAAGCCGGAUUCGAAAGGCAAUUCUGGAAGAGAGACGACUGGAGCGCGAUGCCAUGCUCCAUGGCAAGGCUCCCUCUACAGCUGGUGAGACACUAGGCGACACAGAUGCCGCGAAGCCGCGCUCCAAUAUCCGGCAAGCCUUUCCAAGGCUAGCUUCACGAGAGGAAAUGACGGCCGGGCUUCAAGAUUUGCGUGGCAUGGUUGAUCUCAGCCGCACCGUCGUUGUGGUGGGAUUCUCCGAGCUGGGGCCUUGGGGCUCGUCGCGGACCCGUUGGCAGAUUGAGAGCCAGGGCCGAUUAGAUCAGAACGGCUACAUGGAGAUGGCGUGGAUCAUGGGCCUGAUCAAGCAUAUCGAUGCCACCGUCGACGGACAGCCGUACGUUGGCUGGGUCGACAAGAAAACCGAGAAACCAGUGCACGAUGCAGACAUUGCUACCCGCUACGGCAAGCACAUCAUAAGUCACGCGGGGAUCCGCGUCAUCGAUGUCGAGCGGCUGGACGGCUAUGACCCUGCCAACAAGGAACUGCUUCACGAAAUCGUACUCGACGAGCCUCUGCCCCCUUUCGAGGCUUCAGAGUCGCUCGCCAAAGCAUUCAAGCAACGGCAUGGCGACAAGGUCUCGAUCUCUCCGAAGCAAAACGAGGAAGACGUAUGGAUCGUCGUCGUUGGCGCUGGGUCCAACUUCUUGGUCCCGAAAGCCGUUGCCUCGGAGCAGUUCGUCGCGGCGCAGCUGCCCGGCGGCUGGGAUCCCGUCACUUAUGGAAUCCCGGAAGACGUAAUCGCCCAAGUAGACCCUAUCACUCUAUACGUUCUCUGCUGUGUCUCGGAGGCCAUGUAUAGUGCCGGCAUCGAGGAUCCAUUCGAGCUAUACAAGCACAUACAUGUCUCGGAGCUGGCGAAUUGUAUCGGAACAGGCGCUGGCGGGCUCGUCUCGAUGCGAGGUAUGUAUAAACACCGCUACGUAGAUAAGCCCAUCCAGGGCGACAUUCUGCAGGAGACUUUCUUGAAUUCCAUGUCGGCCUGGACGAACAUGCUGCUCUUCGGCUCUGCUGGACCCAUCAAGACGCCGACCGGCACCUGCGCGACGGCGCUCGAGUCGCUAGACACGGCAUGCGAAGCGAUUCAGUCUCGGCGCGUCAAGGUUGCUCUCGUUGGUGGCGUGGACGAGUUUGCCGAGGAGGGUUCGCACGAGUUUAGCAACAUGAAGGCCACGGCCAACGCCGCAUAUGAGAAGACCAAGGGUAUGCUCCCGGCCGAGAUGUCGCGGCCCAUGGCAUCCUCGCGGGCGGGCUUCGUAGAGGCGGCAGGCUGUGGAGUCCAACUCGUCAUGAGCGCAGAGCUCGCACUACAGAUGGCCUUGCCUAUCUACGGAGUGGUUGCCUAUACACAACUGGCCGGAGAUGGCGUCGGUCGAUCGCUGCCAGCUCCUGGGCAGGGGAUUCUGACGGCAGCGAGGGAAGCACCAGGCGUUGCCCACUCACCGUUGCUGGAUCUCGAGUAUCGUCGUUCCAGGCUGGCGGAGGAUCUGGCGAGCAUUGAUGGGUGGCGUCUCCAGCAGCUCCAAGACGCGGCCGUAUCCUUGCCAGAUAAGGGACAAGCGACUGCUCAUGCGGUACUUGAAUCGACCGUAACGUGUCGAAAAUGCGAUGCACAAUGGAUGUGGAACGGCGGUAAUCUUCGCCAACUCAACCAGGGGAUAUCACCCAUGCGAGCCGCUCUCUGCAUAUGGGGCCUGAACAUCGACGACAUAAAGGUGGCCUCUAUGCACGGCACAUCGACGCGGGCCAACGACACCAACGAAAGCACCGUCCUGAACACACAGCUCGAGCAUCUGGGCCGCAGUGCCGGCAACCCGCUGCUGGCCGUCUGCCAGAAAUAUCUGACCGGUCAUCCCAAGGGUGCAGCGGCGGCCUGGAUGCUGAACGGCUGUCUGCAGAUGCUGGAAUCGGGACUGGUUCCCGGCAAUAGGAAUGCAGACGACGUGGAGGCGGCCCUCGAAAGCUGCGCUGGACAUCUGCUGUACCCUUCCGAGACGAUUGACUGUGGGCAAGAUUUCGUCAAGGCGUGCAUGCUCACAUCUUUCGGCUUCGGCCAGAAGGGUGGCAUUGCCAUGGUCGUGUCGGCGCGGUUGCUAUUCGCAGCCCUUGCGACGGCGCAGUAUGACGAUUACCGAGAGCGCGUCGCGUCGCGCCGAACCAGGGCUGACCAGGCAUACCAGCGAGCCAUGAUGCAAAAUACCGUCUUCAAGGCCAAGGAGGAGUCGGCCUGGGGCAGUGAGUCUGCGACGCAGAGGGCAGUAUUUUUGAAUCCAGAUGCAAGGCUGUAA